AUGCUUGCCACCGACUCAAUGUCUCACGUCCCGUUAUGGGCGUGGGUUUCUCUCACCUCAGUCCUUCUUUGCGCGUGGGCAGCAAGUUUCCGCUACAAAAAGGGUCUCAAUAAAUACGAUGGGCCCUUCAUCGCCUCCUUCACCAACUUCUGGCGGCUGUGGCAGUGGGUGUGGUAUACGGACCGGUGCGCCUACCCCAGCGUGGUCAAGUAUGGAAAAAUCAUCCGUGUCGGGCCCAACACGCUGCUGUUCAAUGAUCCAGAUGCCAUUAAGGACAUCUACAUGACACAUUUUUCAAAGUCCGACUUCUACAAGGUUGGCCAGGGAGUCUCUCGAGGCGUGGCCGUCCCGAACAUCUUCUCCACUACGGACAGGAUCUACCACGGCAAGCUACGGCGAUCGGUGGCCAACGCCUUUGCCAUGAGCACGCUCGUCAACUAUGAGCCAUACGUGACUGACACUGUCACCACGUUCCUCGCUCAACUGGACCAGAGGUUUGCCGGCAGACCUGGUCCGGACGGCAUUUGUGACAUGUCCGAGUGGACGAAAUUCUUCGCCCUGGACGUCGUCAGCGCACUGACAAUGGGAAAGGGGUAUGGUCUGUUGGAGGCCGGCUACGAUCAUAUCGGCAUUAUCAAUGCGCGGACGACGUUUUUGCGCUACUUUACCAUUGUCAACAACGUCACCUGGCUCGACCGCGUGCUUAAAAAGAACCCGGUUCUCAUGUGGCUCGGCCGCCGGGGACUCUGGAACAGCGUGACGGCGACGGUGCCCAUCGCGCAGCGACAAAUGGACCAGAAGAAGCGCGACUUCAAGAGUCUCAGCGACAACGAGAAGACGCGCGUCGAUCUGCUCACCAAGUUUCUCCAGGCCAAAAUCGACAACCCAGACAUUGUCGACGACCGCGCCGUGCUGGGUCUGACGCUCUCCAUGGUCAACGCAGGCAGCGGGACCGUCGCCACCACGCUGGCUGCAACAUUCUACUUCCUCCUCAAGUAUCCGCACGUGCUGAAGGAGCUUGUGGCCGAGAUUGACGCGUACUUCCCCCCGCCGAGCGCCAGCGAGAAAGGCAGCAGCGGGCCGAUCAAUUUCGCAGAGUACGUGGUGCCGUUCGGCGAGUCGCAGAAACUGCCCUUCCUGGAUGCCGUGCUCAAGGAGAUCUUCCGCAUCUGGCCGGGCCUGGGCAUGCAGCUGAUUGAGCGAGUCACGCCGCCCGAAGGCGCUCAUAUCCUCGGCGAGUACAUCCCCGGCAACAUCAUCGUCAGCUGCAACGCGUGGAUCAUGCACCGCCACAAGCCGACGUAUGGCGAGGACGUCGAGGUCUUCCGCCCGCAGCGCUGGCUGGACGCGAGCCCCGAGCAGCUCGCCGCCAUGAACAAGGCCCUGCUCGUCUGGGGCGCCGGGCCGAACACUUGCAUCGGCAAGAAUAUUGCGCUGUUGGAACUGUACAAAGUGGUGCCUUCGGUUCUGAGUAUGUUCACGCUAGAACUCGCGGACCCAGAGAAGGAGUGGAAGAUCUUCAACCUGGGCGAUCCAGAGCCGUCAGAGUUCUUUGUCCGAUGCCAGCCGAGAUACCGAAAGAUGCUACUAUAA